AAAACAGGAAAGCUGUACUUUGCUUUUCCUGGAUCACUCGACCUACAACAAUCCGGUAUUAAGAUAGACUGUGGUAGAGUUAUUCCUAACGUAUGGUAUGAAAAUGGGGAAUGGCGUAAUGAAAAAGGGAAAAUUCAGGUAUCAUCACUAAAUAAAGACCAUAAAGCCAUCGAAGAUGUGAAUCUUCCACAGAUUCGAUUCGAUGACGACUAUUAUGGUAACUUCUCUUCUGAAGACUAUUUGAUUAGUCUAGCACUUUCUCAUUCCGCAACUCUUGGGAUGCCACAAUUCCAAAUGCUACAGAUCAUAAGUGAUUCUAAUCAUCAAUUACCACUGUUAGCAGUCUUUAAAACUGGCGAAGCUUUAGCAGCAAAAGCCAUGAAUGCGACACAGUCGGUAUGGGAAUCCACGAAAGAGUUCUUUGUAGGAACUAUUGAGCGUGGAUUGAUGACUAUUGGCGGCGUGACAGUUUUCGCGGUAGCAAUCGCUGUAGCGGUGUUCAUAAUAAAAGUACGAUACAUGACACCACUUAACAUGUCUCAGGUUAAUGCCAUUUUACCAUAUGACAGCGAAGUUUACCCUCUUACUACCGCUGAACCAACCGCUGACAAUAACAUCCAUCAACCAGUUCCAGCACAUAUUCUGGCAUUAAAAUAUCCUAACAUCAUUAAUUUCAUUCCUUUGGCAAUUCCUCUAGUUUGCGCGGUUAAUGAUGAGAACCAUAGUCUUCCAUUCGUUUUAAUCAACAUAUACCAAAAAGCGAUUAAAGCAUUGUGGGACUCUGGAGCUUCUAUUUCCAUCAUUCAAUACUCAGUCCUCCGAGACCAGCUCUUAGUACGUCAUUCUGAGAUCCACCCAGAAAAGAAGGUGGCGAUGACUGCCAAUGGUUCAUCCAUGACAUUCAUCGGUACUAUUGAGUUACCGGUAAUCAUCGGAGAUAUCACAGUCGACCAUGUUUUUCAUGUCAUUCGUGAUAAAGACUGUCCCGCCCAUGCGCUUCUUGGCAUGGACUUUAUGCAUUUACUCGAUCAAAUGGGUCAUUCAGUAACAUUGAAACCCAGUUUGAAAUCAUUGAUCGUAGGAAAAACCAUCAUUCCUCUCGUAAGUCCAAACGAAGCAAUCUUUCAUGCUACUGGAAAGUCAACUCCGUUGAGACCAGUACAGACUUGCACGAUUGGACCUUGUACAACUCAAGAAGUUGAGUUAGAGAUGGAUAAAUACCUUGACAAUGGUGAAUAUGCAUACAUGUUCCAAAAGAAGCCAAAUAAGGGUAAUAUUUCAUAUCCUACUACCAUUUUUCGUUCAAACGCUCCUAUAACUGUCAAACUCUUUAACAAAACAUCACGACCACUAGUUGUCAAUCAUCGUGAUGUGUUGGCAGUGGCAUCAAUUGUAGUGCCCAUUGAGCGGGAAGAACUAGUCCAAGAUGCCGACUAUGUUCCUCCAGAAGCAGACUGGGAAAGUAGAUUACCAACUUUUCCAAGAGCAUUCAUGAACGACUUAAAACUGGAAGGGAGUGAUCUAAAUAACACUCAAAAAGACCAGCUACGGGACAUUAUUCAUAAUAAUAAAGAUGCCUUCCUUAAUGAGGAUAGAAAGAUAGGCCUCUUUAAAGGGCCAAUCGAACAUUCCAUUCCGUUGAGAACGGAUAUGGAUUUUCCAAGGCCUAGGUCCUAUCCUAUUCCGUUGGGAAAGCAAGAUGAAGUCGAGAGACAAGUAAGAGAAAUGUUGGACCAAGGUAUUGUGGAGCCAUCCACAUCCCUUUUUACCAGUCCUGUUGUCCUCGUUAAAAAGAAAGACGACACAUUUCGCUUUGUCACUGACUUCAGGGCAUUAAACACGAUGACAAGGAAACAAACAUAUAUCAUCCCUAACAUCUAUGACAUCAUAUCUUUGGCUGCAGGAGCCAAGUUCUUCACAACAUUUGACUUAGUGUCUGGAUUUUUCCAGAUACCUUUAAAUAAGAAAGACAGACAUCUUACUGCAUUUGUAACACCUUCAGGUGUCUAUCAGUACUGUAGAAUGCCAAUGGGUCUCUGUGGAGCACCCCAUACAUUCCAAACUGCAGUACGCUUCCUUCAAUCUCAAGUCAAAUGUAAACUCUUCGUAUACCUUGAUGACUUACUCAUCAUUUCGGAAAGUAGAGAAAAACAUCUUCGAGACAUUGAAGAAGUAUUGGCAAUCAUAGCUAAGUUUGGGUUGAAGAUAAAACUCUCGAAAUGUACGUUUGCUAGUAAGGAAGUUAAAUUCCUUGGUAUCAUAAUCGGUAGGGAAGGCGUAAAAACCGACCCAAAGAAAGUUGAAGUCAUUAACAACUUUCCAGUACCGAAAGAUGUGAACGCACUUCGUUCAUUUCUGGGCAUGACAAAUUACUUCCGUCGAUUCAUUAAGAAAUACGCUGAAAUAUCUGCACCUCUCUAUGAUCUUUUAAAAGGGAAAAUCAAGUGGUGCUGGGAAGACUGUCACCAACAGUGUGUCGAUCAACUUAAAUUGAUCCUCACCACAGCCCCAGUUCUUAAACCACCAUUCGGUGAUAGACCUUUCUUCAUUGAAAGUGAUGCCAGUAACAUAGCGUUAGGUUGUGUUCUUCUACAGGAACACUCGGAUAAUUCUCAUCCGUAUCCCGUAGCUUUCGCAUCACGAAAGCUCGUAGGACCGGAGCGUAGGUAUCCACCUAUCGAAAUUGAAGCUUUAGGCAUUGUAUUCGCCUUACAACAAUUUCGAACCUAUGUCUUGGGAACAAAAACAACUAUCAUAACAGAUCAUAGACCAUUAACCAGUCUCAUGAAAAGACGAGAUCUAAUCGGUAGACUUGCAAAAUUCCAACUCAUUAUUCAAGAAUAUGAUGUUGACAUCCAAUAUAGACCAGGGAAAGAAAAUAGCGUUCCUGAUGCACUUUCAAGAUAUAUUGGAGACGAAGUGAAUCACCCAAAGAUUACUAAACCGAAAACGAAAACAUCAUAUGUCAAUAGUAUUAUGCCCGUCAAAGAACCCACCAUGACAGACUUAGUGAAACACACAAACAUCUUGAGUAUUCAAACGAAAAAUAAAUGGAUCACCGAAACGAUUAAAGAGUUCGAUAAACCUAUGGGGGAAAGAAAA